AUGGCCGCUAUUGUUGGAACCGCACUUCAUUGGUCGGAUAUUUUGGUUUUAUUACUCUACUUCUUACUUAUUCUUGGGUUUGGAGUUUGGAGCUCAUGCAAAAAUCGUGGAAGUGUCGGUGGUUAUUUUCUCGCUGGUCGUUCGAUGCAUUUUAUACCAGUAGGUGCAUCCCUGUUCGCGUCGAACAUAGGCAGCGGUCAUUUCAUCGGUCUGACUGGAUCAGGAGCAUCAAGUGGCAUUGCUGUUGCAGGUUUUGAAAUAACUGCCGUUUUUUGGCUUAUGGUACUUGGCUGGUUGUUUGUUCCAAUAUAUAUGAAAGCGGAAGUAUUUACGAUGCCACAGUACAUAAAAAUGCGCUAUGGUGGUGAACGUAUCCGUGUUUAUUUGACGUGUCUGGCAUUAAUGCUGUCGAUUUUCACAAAAAUAUCGGUUGAUCUUUAUUCCGGUGCAAUUUUUCUGCAACAAGCUCUAAACUGGAACUUGUACGCUUCGGUUAUUGCUCUGAUUCUUCUUGCAGCAUUUUUUACUGUUGGAGGCAAGUGGUCUAACAGCAGUUAUAUGGACGGAUUUUAUCCAGACGAUCAUUAUGGUCAUAUCGGCUUUUAUUCUCAUGAUUAUCAGUUUUAUCAGGAUCGGUGGAAUGCAAGAAAUUCGAAGUUUGUUUCCGAAGAUUAUAUUUCGUUGAUUCGCCCAUUUGAUGCUGAUCUACCGUGGUUUGGUAUACUUUUUGGCAAUGGUGUCGCUUCGAUUUGGUAUUGGAGUUGUGAUCAAGUCAUUGUACAACGAACGUUGGCAGCAAAAAAUCUUUCACAUGCCAGAGCAGGGUGCCUUGUGGCAGGUUUACUGAAAUUUCUACCGCUAUUUUUAAUGGUAUUUCCUGGAAUGAUAGCUAGAAUUCUCUUUCCAGAUGAAAUCGGUUGUGCCGAUCCCGAUGUGUGCUAUCAAGUUUGUAAUAGCCGGAAUGGUUGUAACGAUAUUGCCUAUCCACUACUUGUACUUCGGUUGAUGCCUAAUGCGAUUCGUGGUUUAACAUUAGCUUGUAUGAUUGCAGCUUUGAUGUCGUCUCUGACUUCAAUUUUUAAUUCAAGUUCGACUAUUUUCACGAUUGAUAUCUGGCAGCGCUUCCGACGAAACGCACACGAUUGGGAAUUGAUGAUUGUUGGCAGGGUAUUUGUCAUGAUUCUUGUUGGCAUAUCAAUUCUUUGGAUUCCAAUCAUUAGAGCAGCUCAAGGUGCAAGAUUAUUCGACUAUAUCCAAGCUGUUCAAUCAUUCUUAGCACCCCCAGUAGCUGCCUGCUAUUUGCUCGGAGUGUUAUGGAAACGUAUCAACGAAGAAGGAGCAUUUUGGGGCUUGAUAUCUGGUUUAGUUAUUGGAAUCAUUCGAUUCAUUUGGGAAUAUUCUUACACUGCAAUGCCCUGUCAACUCGAACAUUUAGAUCAACGUCCAUCGUUAGUUCGAUUUAACUUUCUAUACUUCUCAGUUCUUCUUUUUGUCAUUUCUGCAAUUGUCACCAUUGUUGUCAGUCUUCUGACGAAACCUCUAGCAGAAAAAUAUAUAGCUGGUUUGACUGCUUUUGAUCUCGAUAAUCCGGAAAGACCAGUGGAAAUUCCGACUAAGUCUGGCUGUAUGCACAAGGCGAAUACCGACGAUGUUAUCGAACAAUCUUCGAAUCAUCUCGAAAAGCUUCCAACUGAGACGGAGAAAAAAGCUCUGCACUUUUUCGAUACACACGAUUCGACCGGUUUUGCUUUUUAUUUCAAAACUGCUUUCGCUUGGAUUUGUGGCUUGGAAAAAACUGAUAAUCUCGACGGACAAUCAAUCUGCUCCGACAAUCAUUCGUAUGAUAGGCGCAGUAGUCGAUUAAGUGUAUCCUCAAUCCAGUUUGAACACGUUUCGUCCUGGCAUAAACUAUGCUCUUAUGCAGCGAUUUUCAUUCUUUCUCUAUGCGCUUUUGUUUGGGCCUUUUUUGCCGAUUAUCGAAUUCGAUUGAUUUAG